UCAUGAUGGCCUCAUUCAACUUCUCCUUUGGAAUAGUCAGCAUGCUUGUCUUGACUGGACCUGGAAACGUUUGGCUUGACUGACAACAUUCACGAUGAUGCGAGAGAGCAGUUGGCUCUGUUGGUGCUCGUGUGGACUUUCCUGGAGACGUGGUCAGAUUCACGCGCCGCUCAGGGGGCUGCUUCGUGACAUCUCACCAUUAUUGUACCUCUGUGAUAUUGGCGUUGGUUGUACGCGUUCAAGUUGUCUGGUGGGGAGGAUGAAAGCAGUUAGUGUGGGUAUGCAGGUCCAGAGGUCGGGCGGGAGAGCUCCACCUCCGCAAGCUCCAUCGCGAUACAACACCAACGCUCUGCCACGCUCACAUUGAUUCCCGCCACAGCUCACGCACCAGCAUCGCGACUUAUCAGAUCAGCCCAUCAAAACCGGCCCCGCACGCGAUCAACGUGGAAUAACAACA